GGUUCGGUGGCUGAGAGAGCAUUGGGUGCCCUGAGUCCAUGAUGGGCCAGUGUUCCACGUGCAUCCCAUCACAUGGGUCCAUGGAGAAUAUUGAGCCCAGAGGAAGACUUUGCAGUGGACCCAAUGGCCCCAGGUCAGCGUCCGUCAGCCAGGUGCCCAGCCUCCGGUGCACUGAAGAUCAGGCCCUUCCUGGCGCCUUGGUCUCCUGCAUCGAGCUGUGUGAGCUCUUCCACAUGGGAGGGCCCCCUGGCAUUCACUGGCAUAGGGUUCAGUGGUGGAGAGAGCAUCGGGUGCCCUGCGUCUGUGACGGGCCAGUAUUCCACAUGGAUCUCAUCACAUGGUCCAUGGAAGGCGAGCAUCCCUGAGCUGGCACACCCCACCUUCUGUCCGCAUGGAGGG